UUUAUCCCUUGUUCAAUAAACCACUUAGUAAACAAACAUAAUGACAUUCAAAAAGCAAAAGAGAGCAUUUUUUUUAUAGAAUUGAUCAAAUUGUAAAAAAGGAAACUGGGCUAGAUUGUUUAGAAGAAGGAUAUGUCGGUGAGCUACCGAACCAGCGUCUUGUUCCUCCUGAUUUCUUUGAAAAUGAAGAGCCUUAUUUGAUAUUUUAUUUUUUUAAAAAUGAUCCUUUUAGUCAAUAACACGACGUGUAUAACACCAUAUACUGAAACGUUGGUUGUUUUGUCAGGAGAUAUAUAUUGUAGUGGGUUCAAUGAACCACAUACUAAAAAAUUUAAAGAAAAUAAAAGGAUCUACAAAAAAUAAAGUUGGAUACUCAAUUUAAAGUGGUUCAACUGUUGUUGCUUUCACCAAUCUUUAUAUAUAUAUAGGGAUAAUAAUCAUACAUACCAUAGAACCAUUCUGAUAUUUUAAUAAAAUUUCUCUACACCAUGGCUUCCGAUGAUAAUGAUCAAGUAGUCAAAGAAGUGGACAACUACUUCCGUCUCUACAAAAGUGGUCGUGUUGAGCGUUUCUAUGAUGCACGCGGGUCCUUUUAUGUCCCACCAUCGCCACAAAAUCCAUCAGAUGGUGUCUUGUCAAAAGACGUUGCCAUCUCAUCCCACGUCUCUGCCAGACUCUACCUCCCAAAAAACACCACCACCACGGCCCAAAAGGUACUCCCCGUGUUAGUUUAUUACCACGGCGGUGGACUUGUCGCAGAAUCAGCCUUCUUCAACAGAACUCACGCUUACGUCAACUCUUUAGCUUCUGAGUUAAACAUGAUUGCUGUUUCGGUAGAGUACCGUUUAGCCCCGGAAGUUGAUGUGCCUACCAUUUACGAAGAUUGUUGGACUGCACUUCAGUGGGUUGCUUUACAUGCUCACGAUGAAAAAUCAACCAUAGUUAACAACGACUCGUGGUUAACGAACCAUGGUGAUUUUAGUAGAAUGUUUUUAGCUGGGGAUAGUGGUGGUGGCAAUUUAGUGUACCACAUGACUAUGAGAGCUGGCAAAGAAAGUUUGAGUAAUGGUAUGAAAAUUACUGGAUCAAUUUUUGCUUAUCCUUAUUUCUUGUUCCCAAAUAUUGCUAUUGAUGAAGGUGUGGCUACUAAGAUUUGGGGCCAUAUUUGUCCACCACUAGAGUCCGGACUAUUAUCACCAAGUGAAAGCCCAUUGAUUAACCCACUUUCUGAAAAGGCCUCGUCUUUGUCGGGUCUAGGUUGUUCGCGAAUUUUGGUGUGUGGGGGAAAGAAGGAUGAUAUAAUUCCUUUAGGAAUUGUAGUUCAAUUUGUUGAAGGUGUGAAGGAAAGUGGAUGGAAUGGAGAGUUGGAGUAUCUUGAGGUUGACGAUAUACAUGUAUGUCAAAUAUAUAAACCUGAUUGUGACGAAGCUAAACGUAUGAUGAAGUGUUAUGCUGAUUUUAUCUAUCGCUAGUGGUAACAAAGACGUAACUUUACUUUGGGUACUUUGUGUUGCUUUGCUUCAAAGAAGUUGUUUGGUCUUUUAUAUAAAUUGCAUAAUAAAACGUUUUAUUUUUCUGGCUU